AUGAGCAGCGGCGUUGCUGCUUCGCUUCGUCGAAUUUUCAUCGCUAAUCAACAACAUCGUUUACUUAUUGUAUCAACAUGUUCGAUUCCUCGAAAUCAACGAACAUUUUCCAUGCAAUACAAGGAUACAGAGAAACCACCUCAUCCGUUCGACUACGUUAACAAAAAUUAUAACUUUUUCCGCCAUUUUUAUUUGGGUGGUCAUUAUACUUUAGCAAAUAUACAUGAUAAUACGUUAUUCUUUCAUGUUGAAUCGAAUUUUGGUGUUCGUCGAUCGGAUUUCGUUAAACGUUUAGCAAAUCAUAUUGGAUUUUUACCUAUUUCCAAACCGGAUGUUGAUCGAAUGCAUUUUAUUGAUGAAACCGGUACUAUUAACACAAGACAAUUUCAUAACGACUAUUGUCUACCAAGAGAUCGUAUACCUUCUCCUGAAGAAUGGCAUUUGAAUCCAAAUUAUCAUGCAACUGUGCGUCUUUUAAGACCACUUUUACAAACAAUGACUUAUCAAUUAAGAAUGGGAUUAUCACACAUGUUUUCAACCGGUCAAGGAAUUGUUACGGAUCGAUCAUAUUGGAGUUUUUAUGCUACUCUUAAUAUUCUUCGUGAAUUCGAUUUCAUCAGCCAAGAUAGUUAUGAUUUUCUUUUGGAAUACAAAGUAUCAAUUGAUUAUAAUUUGAAAAUGCCUCGUUUGAUCAUCUUUAUCGAUAAAGAUCCACAUGCUAUUUGGGAAGAUAUGAAAAAAAAUGGCAAAGAUUAUCAAAAAGGAAGUAAAGUAUAUUCAUUAGAAUUGCUUCAAGCAAUGGAUCGAAUGUACAAAGAGGAAUGGUUACCAAGAAUGAGUACAUAUUGUCACAUUCUUCAAUAUAAUGAAAACGAAAUAAAAACAUUGGAAGAUGUUGUUUUUGAUAUCGAACAACUUAAUUUUGAUGAUACAAACAAGUUUCCUGAUUGGCGUCUAACAGUUGACAUUGAAUUAGAACGAUUUCGUGCACAACUUCAAAAUGAACACUUUUGGACACGAAUGUUCAAUGUUAAUCGUCUUCUUCAUCUUUCCGAAUGGUGGACUGAACCUAAUGCACAAAAAAGUCAAUUAGGUCUUAUGAAAUAUGAUCCUCGAUAUUAUUGGACAACAAAUAAUUGGGAUAUAAAACCAUUCUUUCGUCGUUACCAAAGCUGGACUCGUUUACCGUUUUAUUAA